AUUCUAUUGUAUUUUAAAGCCCUUUAAAUAUGUAUUCUGUAAUUAAUUUUUUUGUUUUAAAUUUGACAGAUCAGACAUGGUGACUAUAUGUACUUUGAGGAGGAUGGGUCUAUAUAUCGAUUUCAACAAACAAAAGAAGGAAGUCGUGAGGUUUUGCUUUCUUUAGAGGAUAUUGGUUUCCAUGAUUACCAAAUUCAGCGUAUCAGAAUUUCUACUGAUCAAAAAUUUUUGGCUACCGGUUUAAAAUCUCCCAGCAGUGAGGAGUCUACCUGCAUUGUUCUAAAUCUCAAGAACUUGCAAGUAAUGCAUUUUAUACGAAAUGUCUUCAGUUUUGAAUGGGCUGCAGAUAACGUAUUAUUUCACACAAUCCAAGAAAAUCUGCAGUGUCUUCAAGUUUAUCUGACUGACUUCAAUAAUGAAAAUUCUACAAAGCUGGUUUACACAGAAGAGGAUCCUAGGUUUUUUGUGGAUUUAUAUUGCACCAGAGACAAGCGCUUUCUUACUUUAAAUAGUAACAGUAAAACUACAUCUGAAGUUUGGCUGGUUGACAUGCAGCAACCCUUUAAAUCCCCUUUUCUGGUUCAUCAGCGGGUCCCAGGAAUGAUUUAUCACGUAGAACAUAGAAACGAUUUUUUGUAUAUUCUCACAACAUAUGGAGAGCCUGCAGAAUACAAGCUAAUGAAGACACCUAUUUCAUCUAAAAUUGGACAAUGGGAAGUUGUCUAUAAGGUUAAAGAUAAUACAAAACUUGUUGACCUGGAGAUUUUAAAAGACUACUGCAUCAUGCUUCUGAAGCAACAUACUCUUCUUUAUUUGGAAGUAGUUUCACUUUGUAAUGAGACAAUAAGUCAGUCCAUCAAGCUACCAGACUGGGCCUGUGCAUUUGAAUUACAACAUCAUCUCGAAUAUGACACUGGCUCCUUCAUAUUCUACCUCACCUCUCCCAUCCAACCACCAGUGUUGUUUGCUUAUUCUUUCCUGGAGCACAGACUGUCUAUAGAUGCCAAACAACAGAUUACAGAUACUCAGGUUUAUAAAAUUAAACGUCUAGAAGCCAAAAGCAAGGAUGGCACUAUGGUACCAAUUACAAUUUUUUUUAAAGCAUGUAAGGAAGAGCUGACUAUGAAUCCUCUUUUAAUACAUGUCUAUGGUGCAUAUGGGAUGGAUCUAAACAUGACUUUUAAAGCCGAGAAGAGAAUGCUAAUUGAAGAUGGAUGGAUAUUAGCAUAUUGCCAUGUCCGGGGUGGCGGUGAAUUAGGCUGCAAAUGGCAUAGAGAUGGAAUUCUGGAUAAGAAACGGAAUGGUCUGGAGGAUCUGCAGACUUGUGUUGUCCAUCUGCAUGAGUUGGGCUAUUCUCAGCCUUGCUAUACGUCCAUUGAAGCUUCAAGUGCAGGAGGAGUACUUGCUGGGGCUCUGUGCAAUUCAAAGCCUUAUCUCUUUAAAGCUAUGGUUCUGGAGGCACCAUUUCUGGAUGUGUUGAAUACAAUGACGAAAUCCUCAUUGCCAUUGACAACUGAAGAGUGGGAAGAGUGGGGGAAUCCAUUAUCUGAUAGCAAAUACUAUAAAUAUAUUCAAUCAUACUGUCCUUAUGAGAAUAUAAAGUCACAGAAUUAUCCUUCAGUCCUGAUAACAGCUUAUAAAAAUGAUCAACGAAUUCCACUAGAUGGAUUGUUGAGAUUUAUGACAAAGCUUCGGAAAGCUGUUGCAGACUAUUACCAAAGCUCACACCUGCCAGAAUCUAGGAUACCGAAUUUAUAUCUAGAUAUCCAACCAGGUGGUAGCCAUUGUGAUUCAUUGUCUUGGGAAGAAAGUGUAAAAAAGGUGGCGAUGCAUCUUGCUUUUCUGCAUGAAGAACUGAAGCUUAAUAAAUUAAAAAGGUUGUAAAAAGAUAUCCAAACUGAUUACUCAUCUAAUUAUAAAACAAUUGAAAAGACGCUGACCACAGACUUCUUAAGCUGGAAAAACAAAUCAAUAUCUUGGAUAGGCAGAAUAAAUGUUGUAAAAAUGAAUAUUCUACCACAACUUCUCUAUCUAUUGCAAACUACACCCAUACACCUCCCCAUACAAUAUCUUAACCAAAUACAAUCACUAAUAGAGCAAUACAUCUGGCAGGGCUCUAGGCCCAGAAUUGCAAGAAAGAAAAUGUGCUUGCCGAGGGACAGGGGAGGGUUGGGCGUACCUAACAUUCUCAUUUACAAAGAGGCUAUAAUGCUGCACAGGUUAUUGGACUGGUGCACUAACAAUAAGCAAUGGGUCCAGAUUGAUAGGCGCUUACUGGAUCUAUGCAACGCAGGACUAGCAGCCUGGAUACCUCACAAACACAGACCAACUAACAUUGCACAAUACCCACUCCUCACGGACUUCUUCACAACAUGGGAUAUAUUAAUGAACACAUCCACUAACAUCUCCAAUAUCCUGCCCCCCAUAUCCUCCAUAUGCCAUAACCCAGACCUGCCGUGGAUUUAUAAAGAUACUUCACUAGAAGUCAGCUGCCACAUUAAGGGUAGAACAAUAUCGCUCUUCCGCAAAAACAAAACACACAGAAGCCUAUCCGCCAUCUAGGAGAUGCACCCCGAAAUAUCUCUGAAUUGGUACGCCUAUUCCCAAAUCUGCCAUUAUGUAGACACUCAUCCCAAGAAGCACCACCUAAUUAGAAAAUGUACCCCAUUUGAGACCCUAUGUCACUUAGAAAGCACCCCAAAACACGCCAUCUCAAAAUUGUUCAAACUAUUACUAAUUAAAGAACCACAACUGUUGCCUUCAUACACUAACUCAUGGGACAAGGAACUGGGCACUAGCAUCGCUACCAAUUGUCUGACUUUAACACCACAAAGUGCUUGUCAGUAUCCACAAGAGUCCUUGAAACCAAUUUAAAAUUUUUACCGAGAUGGUAUCUAACCCCCAGCAGACUACACACUAUUUACAAAACAGUAAGCAACAAGUGUUGGAGGGGAUGUGGAGAAGUAGGCACUCCCACACAUAUAUGGUGGCAAUGCAAUAAAUUAGAUGCAUUCUGGUUAGCAGUUCUCGAGCGCAUGUCAGACAUAAUAGGCAAACAGCUGCCAAAUGACCCACAGAUUUUAUUAUUUUUACUCCUACGCAAGCUGAAUGACAGUACUGUUAGAGACCUACUGAUACUUAUGCUAAACAGUGCCAAAUCCUUAAUUUCAAGAUAUUGGAAAUCCCACAAAACCCCGACAGAGAAAGAGUGGGAGGACCAGGUAGAGAGUUUCCUACAAAUAUUAUGGCGAAUGAGAGGGCGCUAAUAGCUGGGUAUACUUAACACACCUAAUUACUGAGAUUAAAUCAAAACAAAGAAUAAAUCAUAUACGGUGCAUUUUUCAAUCUUUUACUAGUGGAAAUAUCCCUGAUACAUAAAUUCAUAAAACAGUAUAUGAAAAUAAUAAAAAACACAUGAAUUAAAAUUAAAUACAGUAUGUGUGACUAAUGCUGUUGGAAUACCACCCUGAUAUAUAAAAAUAUAUUAGUAUAAUAAGCGCUUUUAAAAUUGCAUUGAUCAAUGUUUGAUUCCUUAAAAUAAAUGGUUUGUUCCUAAAUAUAAGGGACAGUCUUUUUAGUCCUUAUAAAUUUCAAACGGAUAAAAUCCCUUUUAAUUGUAUGGUUUUUGCAUACAAAACUAUCAGUGUGAUAAAAUUUUCUGGAUAAAAGUAACAAAAUGUUCCUUAUUUACGACACUUUGUAUCCUUGCUUGGUUAUAUGUAUAACUUUAACUCACAGAAGGUUGCAGCGACUGUAUCCCGAUGUCGCUGUGAUGUAUUUCAUAGACUGUGGUCUUUAAUCGUAACACUCUCUUUGCGUGUGGGCCGCUUUAUGUGCUGCAGCUCCUACCCUCUGUCACAGGAUUCUCGACUCCCUCCGUGGGGAGGUUACCGGCAGAGGUACGCCGCUCUUUGCGUGUGGAUAUCUGAUGAGCUGUUAGCUUUUUGUUUCCAAUACUCACAGCUCCCUGAUUGUAACAAGCAGUCUUGGUUUUCGAAAGUGUGAUCCUCGAGGUGAAUGGGCACCCGCUCUUAGCGUUAAUACGCGCGGGUAAAUACUAGGUACCUAGUGAGUUUGGUUCUGGUAACAGGCAACUUCAACUUCUACGCGUUUCACCCAUGUGUGUGGGCUUUAUCAAGAUGAGAGUUUCCUACACCUUGAAAGGUACCAUCACCUCCAUUCGGGUUCAUUAGUUACACACAAACUCAGAAUAUUAUUAUGGAAUCAGUACAAAGAACGACACAAUCCUCACUAUCCCUUACAUUAGGACUUGUCCUCAGACAGCCUUAAAGCUUACCGCCAAUACCCUCUUGCGGAUAAUGUUAAUAAAUGUAAACUGUCAUACAAGUAUUAUUCUCAAAACUGUAAUGCAGAAACUCAGCUUACCCAGGUUCUUGAACUGAUCCUAUGUUAUUUACGCUUUGUAAACAUCUGUUAUUUUUUCAAAAUAAAAACUUUUUAAAAAAAAAAAAA